GUUGCGGAUGCAAUGAAACGUUGUGUUUUAUGAUGUCUAAUCAUGGUUGAUAUUUUAAUUCUACUGAAAGUGUAAGCUCUCGAUUUUGGGACAUCUUCUAAAAUUCUGCGAAAAAAUGUUUAAAUUCGGAUUUGCAAGAAAUGCAGUCAAUCCUGACGAAGAGGACAAAGGUGAAAAGAAAGAGGAUUUAGCGUGGAUCCUUGCAUCAAAACUUCAAAUAACGUCUGAACAAAUUGGAGAGAAAUAUGAAGCCGAUUGUUGUACAGAGACGAAAAUGUUGCCUGGUUACAAUCUGAAAUUAAUUCGCUUCGAUAAAAUAAUGGAAGAUUUUAUUAGUAAGUGGGAGCAAAACCAGCAGGAUAUCUUCGAGGCGGAGUUACAACAUUCCGAUCUUAUUCCAGCUAAAUACGAAGGUGGUUUGAAAGUAUGGGAGUGCACCUUCGACUUGGGCCAGUAUAUACUGAAGGAGGAUAUUGAGCUGAAGGAUAAGCUCGUCAUGGAUUUAGGAUGCGGUGCGGGAUUAAUUGGCAUUACUGCUCUUCUCAAGAAUUCCACGGUCCACUUUCAAGAUUAUAAUGCCGAAGUUCUAAGAUCCUUGACUAUACCGAACGUGCUGUUGAACUUCGACGAUCGUGCGAGCGUAUUAGCUAGAUGUGAGUUUUAUGCCGGAGAUUGGGGGUCUUUCGCAACGUUAUUUGACGAUGACGAAGGUAGAAGGUGCGAUUACAUUUUUACAAGCGAGACGAUUUACAAUCCGGACAAUUACAGCAAGCUGCACGAGGUUUUUAAGAAGAGGUUGAAGAUCAAGGGCGUUGUAUUCGUCGCCGGGAAGACUUAUUAUUUCGGCGUGGGUGGUGGAAUGAGGCAGUUCGAGAGUUUUGUACUGAAGGAAGGAUACUUUGACGUAAAGAUGGUCUGGAGAAAUCAAGAUGGUGUGAAUCGUGAAAUACUGAAACUUACAAGGAGGACACAUUAAAGAGUCUGCAACUCCUUGUUAUACAAGACAAGAUUUUUGCCUUGACGU